AUGUCGCAGAUGAAGCGAAGUCGCAUCGAUCUGACCAGACGGUACGUUUUCCUAUGUCCUACAGCUCUUAGCAAGCACUUCCAGGCGCUGCCGCUGGCGGCCAAGGAGUCGUCACUACUCGUUUUUCGAUGUGCGCGGAGUUUCGUCUUCAAGGAUCCGCCUUCCGUCCGCCGAACUCGGCUACAGGAUGGCAAGAAGGGCAAGCCGAGUUCUGCGCCGAAGUCUGGCUUGUCCGCGCUGUAUCGAUCUGAGUUCUCCGACGACUUCUUGCAGUUCGUCCUGGCCAAGGAAAAGGAAGGCUGCGUCUUCUGGUACAAGCCAGACCAGGAUCUCGAGAAGAUGUCGAGCUUCUUUGAGCAGAAAGUCGAUCCGCUGGACGAGCAGCCCUAUAGGCCCCUGCUCUUAGAUGCCAUGUGGUGGCGCGUUCGCUUUGAUCGGACCAGCGCAAGGUAUGUGGGCAACCCUCGGGGCAUUCUCGGAGCCAUCGCAGCCUUCCAUCACGGCCUUGGUCGGGAGAGAGAUUUAGACCUGCCAUCGUUGCAGGAGACUGCGCA